AUGUCCUCUCCUCGUGCUUCCUCACCGGCCAACUCCCCGGCUACGGCCAGCGGUGCCAAUGUUGGCCGACCCUCGUCUCCUACUCCUCCCGGUGGCCCGCGAACUGCCAUUCGGCGUCGUGCCGCUGCCGACCAAAAGGAGAAGAUAGCCAAUGCUCGACCUACAAGUACGAGAUCGGCCGGUGCAGGUGGCUCCAGUAGCACUAUGCUGAGAUUAUACACUGAUGAGUCUCCUGGCUUGAAGGUCGACCCUGUCAUUGUUCUUGUUCUGUCUCUUGUAUUCAUUUUCAGCGUUGUGGCUUUGCAUAUAAUUGCCAAGAUAACCCGACGGUUCUCGAGCUAA